UAGGAUAUAGACACCAGUCACACCACCGUCGUAACUGAUAUCUUUAUGCUCUCUCUCUCUCUCUCUCUCUCUCUCUCUCUCUCCGAAGUCCGAACAAUCACAAACACUCGUAUUCUCUGAGAGACAGAGACAAGGUUCAAUGCCAUACCCUGAGCAUUGAGCAUUAAUGGCAAUCAAAGGUUCUGAGACUCACUCUACCGCCAACACCACCUCAAAAAUACCUCCUCCCAUGGAUGUUUUAUCAGUAAAAUGUGACUCGUGCGGGUUCACAGAAGAGUGCACCCCCGCAUACAUUCUUCGCGUCCGGGAAAGGUACCAAGGCCGGUGGAUAUGCGGGCUCUGCGUCGAGGCCGUGAAAGACGAGGUUCUGAGAUCCGACAUGUGCAUCUCCACCGAAGAAGCUCUCAACCGCCACAUCACUUUCUACAAGCAGUUCAGAUCCUCUACUUCUCUCAAAGAAGGUGAGCACCCUAUCUCCGCCAUCGGCAGGCUUCUCCGGCGAAGCUUGGAUUCCCCAGGACCCCUUAGGUCUAGUUCGAGCACCGAUUUGUCUCCAGUUGAUGGGGUUCGGAGUUCUGGUCUUGGUCGGUCCGAAAGUUGUUUCCCUUCUCUGUCCCGUUAAUGGAUAUGGAAAUUAUAGAAGUUUAACGUAAAUAUGGAAAUUAUAUUAUUU